CCCACUAAACCCAAUUUUCUUUCCCUCUAAGCAAACACAUUCUUUGGGACAACCCUUUUUUUUUUUUUUUUUUUUCCUGUUCUUGAGUCUCUGAAAUGAUCAUACUCUCCAAAAAUUCCAGAAAUCAUCACCAAAUUCAACCACAAUCUCCUAAUUCUUGAACAAAAUCAAAUACCCAUUCACAAAUUAUGCUUAGAAAACCAUGAUUUCAUCUUCAAGAACCCAUCUUUUUCUGCUAUUCUUUCUUCUUCUUGCAAUCUCAAUCUCUUCUUCUACCAUUAAUUUCCACUUCUCAUCGUUUAAUCCCAGAAACUUCACUUUGUUGGGUGAUUCAUAUUUGAAAAAUGGAGUCGUUGGUCUCACAAGAGAUGUUACUGUUCCUACUACAAGUUCUGGUUCAAUCAUUUACAAUUAUCCAAUCCCAUUUUUUGAUAUUGAAGCAAAUAUAACGGCUUCAUUCUCUGCUAAAUUCUCUUUUUCUAUCAGUAAUGUUAAUCCUACUUCAUCAUCUGGUGAUGGAUUAGCAUUCUUUCUCUCUCCUGAUAAUCAAACAAUUGGUAGUUCAGGUGGGAAUUUGGGUCUUGUUAAUUCUACUGAGUUAACCAAGAAUAGGUUUAUUGCAAUUGAAUUUGAUACUAAACUUGAUCCUCAUUUCAAUGAUCCAAAUGAUAAUCAUGUGGGUUUGGAUGUUGAUAGCUUGAUUUCAAUUCAAACUAGUAAUUUGGGGUCAAAUGGGCUUGAUUUAAAGAGUGGGGAUUUGAUUAAUGUGUGGAUUGAUUACGAGAAUGAGGAAAAAGUAGUUAAAGUUUAUAUGAGCUACUCUAAUACCAAGCCUGCGAACCCUGUUUUAGAUGUUGAAAUUGAUCUUUCUGAAUACUUAAAAGAGUUUGUGUAUGUGGGGUUUUCAGGUUCUACUGAGGGCAGCACCGAAGUUCAUCUUGUUGAGACUUUUGCAUUUCAAACUUUUGGCUUUUCGCCAAGAAGACCUCAUUAUAAGACUCAUAAUGUGUCUGAGAGUUCUGUAAUAAUAUCUCCUCCUCCGCCUCCUGGUGUUAGAUCUAGCUCAAAGAAAUUUCGAAAGAGGAUUUGUUUGGGCCUUGCAAUUUCUGGUUUCAUAUUCUGCUGUGCUGUUUUGAUUGUUUUUGGUGCUUUGUAUCUCAAGAAAUGGAAGAAUAUCAAGAAAUUGAAGAGCUUUAAGGCAGAAAUGGUAACUGGUCCUAGACAGUUUUGCUACAAAGAGCUGAAACUAGCUACUAAAGGGUUCCAUUCAAGUAGAAUUUUGGGGAAUGGUGCAUUUGGGACAGUGUAUAAAGCAAAUUUCAUAUCUUCAGGAAAUGUUGCAGCUGUGAAGAGAUCAAAGCAUAGCCAUGAAGGUAAAACUGAGUUUCUCGCGGAAUUGUCGAUUAUAGCUUGUUUGAGGCACAAAAACUUGGUUCAACUGCAAGGUUGGUGUGUAGAAAAAGAUGAAUUGUUACUGGUUUAUGACUUUAUGCCUAAUGGAAGCCUUGACAAAGUGCUUUAUCCUGUUUCAAAGAGUGACACAAACCCACUCCCUUGGCCUCAAAGAUACAAUGUAGCAGUUGGUUUAGCCUCAGUUCUGACUUACUUACACCAAGAGUGUGAACAGCAAGUCAUACAUAGAGAUAUCAAGACUAGCAAUGUGAUGUUAGAUGGGAAUUUCAAUCCUCGACUAGGUGAUUUCGGAUUAGCUAGGAUUAUGGAUCAUGAUAAAAGCCCGGUAUCAACCUUAACUGCGGGAACAAUGGGAUACUUGGCUCCGGAGUACUUGCAGUAUGGGAAAGCUACUGAAAAGACUGAUGUUUUCAGUUAUGGUGUUGUAGUGCUUGAAGUGGCUUGUGGGAAGCAGCCUAUAGAGAGAGAGAAUGGUGAUCAGAAGAUGGUGAAUUUGGUGGACUGGGUAUGGGGUUUGCAUUCUGAAGGAAGGCUGAUUGAAGCUGCUGAUCAGAGGUUGAAAGGGGAGUUUGAUGAGGAUGAAAUGAAGCAACUUCUGCUUGUUGGGUUAAGCUGCGCAAAUCCUGAUUGUUUAGAGAGGCCAAAUAUGAGGAGGGUUCUUCAGAUACUUGAGAAUGAGGGGGAUCCAGUAUUGGUUCCGAAAUCAAAGCCAACUUUAAUCUUCUCAACAAGCUUACCACUCAGUAUAGAAGACAUUGUUUCAGAUGAUGAUGAUGAUGAUGAUGAUGAAGAGAGUAAGAGCUCAGAAGAUAGGUUUCAGAUGACAAUUCAGUCUAGUCAGAAUUUGAAAGAAAUUUGUUGAACAUUUUUAGAUUCAUUCUUGUAUUAUUUUUUUUGUUUGAUAAUGAUAUUGCUGCAUAGUGUGAUCUAAUUUGUAAGUCUUGAAAUCAAAUUUUAAUUUUGUGAGUUCAAGAUUUCUGUUGAACUGUGGCCAGCAUUUCUUACUGAUACAUUUAUGUUUUACUUCUACAUUUCUUAA